GCGCCCGUAUGGUGGCCACAGUGGCUCUGGGGCCAGGCCACUCGAGGCCCGUCACAGCUCGCUCCGCUCGUGUCCUUUCGGAGCUCAUGGCGUCGGGACAACUUGUUUCAGUAUCCGCGGCGACUGUCUGAAGUGAACGGCAACGCUUCUGCUCGCUUAACCGAGAUACUGAUUCAAAAUUCUCCGCUUUUUACCGCUUCUGCUCAAGCACAUUUCAAGAGCCACCUCUCUUGUGCCGAACCAUCAGGGACCACUUCACUUUUUUCCUGAAAUUGUGAACUUUGUGACUCGCAGUCUUGGACCAAAAGUCAAAAUGCCUGACACAAUGAAGAAUGGUUACAUGAACGGACACUCCGAUGCAGAGAUGAAUGAGGGUGAAACCUUUCUCUUCAGUUCAGAGUCUGUUGGAGAGGGCCACCCGGACAAAAUGUGUGACCAGAUCAGUGAUGCCGUACUAGAUGCUCACUUAAAACAAGACCCAAAUGCUAAAGUUGCCUGCGAGUCUGUUAUUAAAACUGGAAUGGUAUUGCUCUGUGGUGAAAUUAAUUCUAAGGCCAAUGUGGAUUACCAGAAGAUAGUCAGAGACACAAUCAAGCAUAUUGGGUAUGAUGACUCCUCAAAGGGGUUCGAUUACAAAACAUGCAGUGUACUAUUAGCUCUUGAUCAGCAGUCUGAGCAGAUUGCUGCUGGAGUGCAUCUUGGGCGCCGUGAUGAGGACAUUGGUGCAGGAGAUCAGGGCCUCAUGUUUGGGUAUGCCACAGACGAGACCGAGCAGUGUAUGCCGCUGACGGCCGUCCUUUCCCAUCAACUCAAUGAGCGCAUUUCUGUACUGCGAAGGAAUGGAGAGUUCUGGUGGGCCCGCCCUGACUCUAAAACCCAGGUUACCUGUGAAUAUGACUCCAAAAAUGGAGCUUGUAUCCCCAAGAGAGUACACACUGUAGUUGUUUCAGUUCAACACUCUGAAAAAAUUAGUCUAGAAGAACUACGAAAUGAAAUUAUGAAUAAGGUUAUUAGAGUCGUUAUCCCAGAGAAGUACCUGGAUGAAAAGACUGUCUUCCAUGUGAAUCCUUGUGGUCUCUUUAUUACUGGUGGACCUCAAAGUGAUGCUGGUCUUACCGGCCGCAAGAUCAUAGUCGACACAUAUGGUGGUUGGGGUGCUCAUGGUGGAGGAGCCUUUUCAGGCAAAGAUUUCACCAAAGUCGAUAGGUCUGCUGCAUAUGCUGCAAGAUGGGUAGCUAAAUCCCUUGUUAAAGCACAACUUUGCAGACGCUGUUUGGUGCAAGUAUCAUAUGCUAUUGGAGUUGCAGAACCUUUGUCUAUUUGCAUUUUUGACUAUGGAACAAGCAACAAAUCUCAGGCAGAGUUGCUGAAGAUUGUAAAGAGGAACUUUGAUCUUCGACCUGGUAUGAUUGUCCGUGAUCUUAAUCUAAGAAACCCCAUUUACCAGCGUACUGCCUCUUAUGGACACUUUGGGCGAGACAUCUUCCCAUGGGAAAACCCCAAGAAGCUGGAAUAACAUAUUUUAAAUUUUUUUAAAUACUUUAUUUUAAUUGUUUUGACAAAUUGUCGGAUUGUGGCCUGUAGACAAGACAUGUUAAGAGCUGAAGAAAGUAUUCCUGUGGACAUGUUUAGUAUUAGUGAAGUGCAAGAAUCUCUUGGCUCAUGAGAUGACUUUAAUUCUCUCUAGAAUGAAAUUUGCAUUUUUUUUUCCUAACUAUUUGACAACUGUGAUUGCUCUCUUAAUUGGCUGCCUGGUUGUCAAUUUUUCUGGUUCCAUAUGUGGUUAAUUUCUCAUUCCAUUUCAUUAUCAUCAUCUACCAUUUUUUGUUGUGAUUUCAAGAAUGUUAAAGCAAUGACUACAUCUAGAAUGGUGUACAUUUUGUAUCAUUUGCAUCUAUGAAUUUUAUGAAUUUUAACUUUUUAUUGUAAAAGAUGGAACAAAAAUCCCUUUGCUAUUAUACCAACGUUACCAAUUCAAUGAAAUUUUAAAAAAUUGUAAUUGUGGAUAGAGAUAGAAGUUCUUAUUCCUUUUGAUUUUAAUUUUACAGUGGCUUUAAGUCACAUGAAAUGUGAAACUUGGCAUGUUUGAGAUUUGUGCACCAUUGGCGUGCAUUUUUUCCCCCAUUGCACAAUGCUAUGCCACUACAAAUAGUGUGAGCAAAUAUCCUGAUCAAUUGAAGGGAAGUGUAUAAUCUUGGUUUGAUUACCAAAAAACUACUGGGACAAGUUAGCCUGACAACAUGUAACGUCCUAUAACUGACCUUGUAUUUACAAGGUGUAUGUGAAUAAACUUUUUAAAAUGUGA